GCCAUUUUGGAUUUUGCGAGGGAACACUGCUUUCAUUUUGACAGAGCAGUCUUCUUCUGGACUUAUGCCUGGAAAUGCGUCAUUGUCAUAGAGUUUUCGUCGUUAUUCUGUUUCAAGCGGUGAUAUUUUGAGAAGAUGAGUCGAAAUCGUGAGGGUCAAUGGAUCCAGGGUAAUUUCAUCCGUUCUGGAGGAGCACAGAGAAGCCGAGUUGAAAUCAGCGACGAUGAGGACGAUGAAGUGACAGAAAUAAAACAGGUUAGCGUCAAAAUAAAUGAGUGGUCAAUAUAAAGUUAAAUUUGUUAAAUAUAUGUUGAGCAAUUGAUCAGAAAAGAAUAAGGCUUGAUCACGUAUGUCCAAGUGUGCAAUUUUUCGAUUCAGGUUCCUUCUCAGUUCUGCAGUAUAUUAAAAGCUGAGUGAAAUUGAAUGAAUGACUGCCAGGAUCGUAUUUUUCAUUUGAUUGAUACAUUGCCCAUGAUUACUAUGUUUGAUUUAUUUCUUAUAUGGGUAUCCAGUUGACAUAAAAAUAUUGCAAGUUCUUUUUAUGAGGUCACACCUGAGCGAACACCAGAAAUUCUAAUCCUUCGCUAAAUCUUUGGAUAAUGAUUUGCACACAACAUUAAAAAUGGCUACUGGAACGGUCUUUUGCAGAGCUGGAAAGAAAGAGCAAAUCUUGUUAAGUGCAAUUACACAUUACCAGCCCAGACGUACUGUAUUUCAUAUAACAGACAAAAUGUAAAGGAAAAUAAGUUUAUUUUGGGACAGCUUUGUGAGAACCAACCCUGCAAAGUACAUAUGUAAUUACAGCAAUAGGUAAAUGACUAAUGUACAACACUCAUACACUUGCUUUCGCUAAAAGAAAAAACUGCUACAACUGGUCGAUCUCAACCUGUAACCCCAAUUAAGCACGCAGCCUUAGUGCCAGUUAGGCCGCCAGUUAGGCUGGGGAAAUAUAAAAUUCUGACCAAUGGAUAACCAGGACAGGGAACACUGUAGAAGGACAGAGGCUAAGCACCAAAAAAACUGGGAAUUAUCUUCACUAAUAUACCCAACAACAGGGUUUGAGCUAGGAUUUGAUCACUAAGGGACAAUUUGUCCCCUUGGCUAAAAUUUUGGGGGACAUUUUCAUUUUUAGGGGGACAGAAAUUUGUACACCCUUCUGCUGAUGCAAAGGGGUUUGUCUUCUUAGCAGGGCUUCUGAUAGGUCUCGGAAGAAAAAGUCAAAUUUCGCGGGAUUUUUAGGGACAAAUUCACGGGAAAAUCGGCUGAUUUUGCGGGAGUUUUCGGGGCAAACUUCACCGAAAAGCAAUCGGUAAAAAAGCGGCCGAUUUUGUGGUUAUUUUCAAGGCAAACUUCGCUAGAAAUCGAUCGGUUUUGCGCUGAUCAGACCAGCCUUUUUAACGUUUUUCUAACAGAGGUCAUCAUUUGCUCUUUCAACAAUAAUACGCUCCAGAAAUGGACCAAUGGCAACGCCUUUAACAUCAUGGCUAGUGUCCAGUUUUUCGCAACAUAAUCUGUUUGCACGUUCCAAGAUAAAUUUGCAAGUUUACGGCAAGUAAAUAGCCCCAAUAGCUGAAAUAAGUUUCAAAUAUGUUGUACAGACAUGUAUUUGAUAAGAUUUCUACCGAAUGUCGCGGCUCCGCGACCGCGCGAAGAAUGAGAAGCCCUGUCUUAGAUUUCCGACAAAAAUAGCAGUAGAACGUGACUGAAAAGUAACUUUGGGGUGAACUGUUUCUGCUUGCAAUUUCUGUACUGAAAUAAAUCUCUUCGUAUGUGCUUCCUCUCGAGUUUUUUCCCUAAAUUUUGAAGGGGACAAAUUGUCCCCUUGGCCGUUUUUUAAAGGGACAAUUCCAAUUGCAGUGCGGGAUUGGCGCAAUGGCGCAGCCUGACUCAAACCCUGCCAACAAGGCUUGUAGGCGAAUUGCCAGUUAGGCUGCCAGAAAAGGCUAGAGUACAACAUUUAGGGUAAACAGGUGGCUAACGACCCUGGUUAGAGGUCUGUAACGUUGCCAAUCCAACUGCAUCAAACUAGACUUUUGUCGCCAUCUAAAGUGCAGCUCUGGGACAGCUGACCUAAGCAUACCAUAUUUCCUCAAAUAAUAGCCAGGGGCGAUCAUUAUUUUUUUGCCCAAAAGGGGGGUGAUAAUUCGAGGGAAGCAAUUAUUUCAAAUGCUGCUUACUGGAAGUCGUGCCCUAAAUAUUUUGUUUCAUUAUCUCAUUAAAUCAAAAAAUGACCAUAUCAGAAUAAUAAACUGAACGUGGACUUUUGAAGUCCUAAUUUGGUUCCUUGAAUAGUUUCCAAUGUCAAUAUCCUCAGCGUCAGAGCUUGAAUAAUUAUUGUCACUGAUCAAUUUUGCUGGAACAGACUCCUCUUCAACUUGACAGGCAGGGGAUAAAAGGCAGAGAAGAUGGUAAGAGGGGUGGGUGGGGGGAUGAUUAUUUCGGGUACUUCCGUCUGAAGGGGGCAAUUAUUAGAGAGAGGGGAAUAAUCAAGGGAUGGCUAUUAUUUGAGGAAAUAUGGUACAUAGAAACUAAAUAUAUUAACUGAAGGAGCAGGUGCACAACUUUGAUGCCAUAGAUGUAUACAACACAGGCUAAGAAACAGGAAAAAAAGCUGCAAACUAGCGGAGCUGAGCUACUUCUUACAACUGAAAUAAAUUCGGUCAGACAGAGACUAGAAAAAAACCUGCCCAAAAAAACCCCGAAGGGAAAAAAUGCGGGCAGGAAAUUUGGGCAGGAACCAGGUCUCAAGCACAAAGUCCUUGUUAUGGGACUUUAUAAUGUAAUCAAGAAUAGUCUGCUCCUAAAAUAAAACAGAAAAUUAAGAAAAAUCAAAGAGCAGUUGGUUCAGAAGCCUAGAUGACAUUGAAGUGAUAUACGCAGCUUUAUAUACCCCCGGUGUGGCUACCCGUGGUGCCCCUGGCCUAGUACCCAGGCCCUGUUGUAUCUCCUGCCGUCAAAAUAUUUGUUUCUGCCUUCUUCGCAGGCUCAUUCAUCGGAAAUAACAUUUUCCAUUAUAUCUUUGUCUGUAGAUUUGUACCGACUCUCAGGCUCUGAUCCUCUUUUGUUGAUCUAUAAUUCCAAAAUGUAUUCUUACCGGUAUUGACAUACAGUAUGUCUGGGCUACCUGUGGUUACCCAACAUUGGAAAAGGAAAGGUCAGCACUUGUUAACAUCUGCAAAAUGCCCUUUCUCCUGUUAUGAUUUUUACACAAGGUAGAACUCUUUUUUGCUUUCAUAUCACACUUAGAGGAUAUUUCAAGCUGGAAAUCAUAUAUGAAAGUGCAAGUCUCUUUAAUUUAAAAGAAAAAAAAUUGAUGUGUAUAAUUAGUAAAGGCAGUGCUUAACCCUAAUCUGUAAAACGCAGUGCUUAACUGGCUAAUCCAAAACGAUAAGGAAUACUAUGUUGUGUAAACUUCAAGAGGUGUCCAAGGGUCUUUCAGCAGAUGUUAAAAAGUGCUGACCAAAAGGAAAAGCCUAUAUUAUUAUAUAACUAUGUUUGUUGUUCUUAUAAUCCAGCAAAGUUCCAGUGACACUGGAUGUAGUGAUAGGACAUCUAGAUUCAGAAUUAGGAGACAGAAAAGGGAAGCUGCUCAGGAAGUGAAGUUUUCUGGUAAGUCAGGAAUACGUCAUCAACAUUUAAAUUAUUAAUAAAUUUUUUAUCGGUUUCAACCAGAUUAGUUUUUUGAAAACUAUCAAGAAAAAAUUUAAUUAAAAUGUAUUUGCUGCAAUGUUAUUGAAUGCAGGUGAUGAAGAAAUCAAUGAAGAGUGGGAGCAGUUACAGGUAAGCAUUAAGGGCAUGUUAUUGUGUUUCCAGUUCUUCUUUUUUAUUUUAAUUGUGAAAUUAAUAAGAAAUAGUAAUCUGGGUUGGCAAAUACAUUACAUUUGGCCUAGUCUAUACCACAAAUUUGUUCUUGACUCCAAAGAAUUUGUACCUUAAGUUAUUCUGACUGCAGCUUUUAGCCCAAAAAUGCUCAGUAGAAUUUCAUCUACAUGUACAAGGUGAGAUGCAGUCUGCAAUGGAGACAAGUUACCCUUCAGGCUGGUACUUAAUGAUCUUCGCAUUUAUUUCAUAACAUAUGAAACUCAGGAAUAUGUCAUCAACAUUUAAAUUAUUAAUAAAUUUUUUAUAGGUUUCAACCAGAUUAGUUUUUUGGAAACUAUCAAGAAAAAAUUUAGUUAAAAUGUAUCAUUCCUUCUUUACUUUUCCUGGUUAUAUUAUGACCCAAUUUAAUGAGCAGCUCCCAGGUGGCUUGCCAGCUCAGUAGGUUAGAGUGCCUCAGCAGUCUCGUAGAGGUCAGGGGUCAAAUCCUGGCAUGCCUGAAUUUUUUUCAGGCUUUUUUUUGUAUAAUCUUCUUUGUAUUUAUACUUGUUAUAGUAAUGGAGUGCAAGUAACCAUGUAUUUUUGUUUCAACAGCAAGUGAUAAAGCUAAGCAAGCUUGAGGCAGAAAAACAGGAGGAGAGAAGGAAAAUGUGUGGCACUUUGCAAGAUGUGGUAAAUGGUUUUUGUUUGCUUGCUAUACGUUGAUGUCUAGAACUUUUUAUUUCACUAUAUAUUUGUCUUGGGAGAUGCGUUUCUUGGUCACUAGUGUCAUACAACCCCUCUCCAUGACAUUGCGCCCCUCCAUGGCUAGGAGCCCAUCUAGGGACAGACAAGCCUGUCACUGAAAAAACUGUCUCAUGGAAGGUAUUUUCUCAUUUCUGUUGCGAACAUAAUCUGCAAAAUUAAUGAUGCUGUUCUUUGUGGUAAUGUCAUAACCUGUUGUAAUAAGUGACUUGCAUUUUGAAUGCUUUGUUUGUCGAUCAAAAGUCCAAAAAUCUUGACCAUGUUGGUGUCUCCUAGUUUACUCCUAUAGGUAUUCGUCUAAAUGUAUACCGGUAUAUAUGUUAUGGUCAAAAUUUAAUUCAGGUUGUAUUCUUUUAAGCUAAAGGUUGAUUCUCAAUUCUGUUUUCUUCUAGCCCUAAUUUUAAGAAUUAGCAGCGUUAGGAGACAAAGGGAAUUGAGAAUCAACCUAGGUUAAAACAUUUAACCUUAAUUUAAUAUUGACCUGUAACAUAAUUAUGUAGUAUGCUCCUAUAAAUAUUUGAGGGUGGUAUGCCUAAUACUUCUCCUUUCAAUUUGCCUUGUAUAUGCUUUUAUGUUGAAAAGAGAGUGUCAUAUUAGAUAGAGUCACUUGGGCCCCAUUCUAUGCAGCUCUUCAGUUGAUUCAUGUUACAGAACCAUGUGGUAAUAUAAGCAUCCUGUGACUCAUGCACCCCUUUGAUUUGGUUUGUAGAUGGAUCUUCAAGUAGAAAUUGAACCACUGAACUCAAGUAGUUUGAAGAACCAAAACAAAAGAAACAAAACAGGUUCGUGGAGUUAUGUUAUGUCAAUAAACAUGUUGCUUCAGCAGUACAUACUCUUUGGUACAAGAAGCUUUCAUUUCAGCAUGGCCCAGCAGAAACGUAAUGAAAGUUGUAGUGGAACAAACUGAGAAAUAAUAAUCUUGCCUGCUUUGUUUUAGCUGUAGGUAAUGAGAGUGAUCAGCGAGAAGACUCAGCAUCUCCAGAACUGUUUUCCACUCCCCCUGAAGAUCAAGGAAUCUCUGACAAUAAGGUCUUUAAUUAGCAGACUGAUAUUUUUUUUCGGAAUUAAUUCUCACCCCACAAAAGAUAUACUGUGCAACUUUUUGUUGUGCCAUAAGUAGGUUGAGCAUGAUCAUCUUCGUGAAGGUGGUCCUGAAUAGGACUGUUGUUGACAGUGACUGAUGUUUUGACAAGUGCAGUAGUCAUCUUCAGAGUCAAAGUGUGUUGUAUCACGCCAGUUGAUGGUAUUUAACUCUGGUUAUUGACAUGAUUGGUCAAUUAAGUCAUGAUGUUAUUGGUCAUCUGUCAGUUAAUUCAUGAUGUUUUUGGCUAUGAACACUCCAAAUGCCAUUGGUGCAUUUCAAUCCAACUAUCGUUACAGUUUACCCUACUUAUGAAAUGACUUCUGGGUUCAAACCUUUCACAGUUUUUUCUUGUGUCUUACAUUGUAGGUUGAAGAAAAGGUUGAUAGUGAUGCAGAGUUUCCCGAUAGUCCUUCAUUACCGGUGAACAUGAGAUCGCCUGAUGCUGGAAAUUCAAAUGACAGACAAAGGAAAGAACAGCCUUCUUCAACUGCACAACCAUCACAGUAAGGUUUGGGGCCGACGUAAGAACAAAAUUAAUGAUGAUGAACCUUAAUCAUGAUACCCGCCAUCUUUACACACAUUUUAGGAUCGAUGGGAUAAAAGCAAUGUUGCCUAGCAUUUCAGAGGGAAAACAAAUGAUAAAAUUUGCCAAUACAAGCAAUUGCAGCCGUGUUUGUUUAUUCUAUCAAAAUAAGACAAAUGAAUUAAUUGUCAUGCAAAAAUUACAGAUCAAGUUUGAACAAAAAAUUUGCUACAUUUUAUUCGCUGUGACAACAUCUACUGCAUCCAAAGCAGUAACAAUAAUCCUUUUCACCCAUAAUUAUCGUCUUUAAGAUGAAAUGUUGUCAGCGUGCAAAGAAAAUCAUUUUUACAGUUACUAGCCCAAACGUCAUUUCCGCUAGCCCCAAAAGCUUUUUGACGAGCAGAAUUGAUUUCACAGUUCUUCUGUUAUUCGAAUUCCUCAAAAAAACAUCACUUGCCCGUCGGGCAAGUUAAAAACAGAAUUAACUAGCCCGAUAACAAAAUCCACUAGCCCCGGGCUGUCGAACACUACUUUCUUUGCAUGCUGGUUCUUGAUUUUCUCUUUACUAGAAUAAUACCCUCGAUUUCUUGCAAUUGUGGCAAAUCUUUUCAAUUGUUUUUUUCACACACUUCUCCUGAAUUUGCACUGAUGACUUUCCAUGAAUUAUGUAUCUCUUCUUAAAGUGAGGGCCCUUGGCUUGACUAUUACUUAACUAUACUCAGUAUAUAUCUCUAGUUAACUACUCAAAACCUUAUUUCCAAUUGCAGGCAGGAAAAGGACACCAAAAGAAAGUUCAAGUUGAGAAGAACCAGACAGGAAGAAUCUAGUGUGGUAAAUAAGAGAGAGAAAAUUGGUGGAGAUGAUGAUGAUGGUGAUGAUGAUGAUGCAAAAGUGACUGUGUUAGAAAAUGACAAGAAGAAACCUCAAAAUGAAAAUUUGGAGGUUGACAAAAAUGUUUUACAUGGAGAGAAGCGUACACUGCAAUCAGUUAUAAAUGAUGAUGAUGAUGAUGUAACAGAUGAUGAAGACCCUAUUCUUUGUUUAAAAAAGAGAGUCUCUCUGAAGCGCCAGAAAUUAACACAAUUUUUGGAGGAUAGUGACUCUGAGGAUGUUAAAGAUGUGGCCAAGAGAGGUUCAAAAAGAGCCUCUGAUAAACUGAGUGAUCCAAUACCCAAGAGAGUUGCUGGUGGUGAUUUUGAUAAGGAGAAAACAAGGAAGGACGAGAGUAUUUCUUCAAAGGAAAAACAGAACUCUUCACUUUCCAGUGCACAGCCUCCCAGUGUUCGCUUUUCAAGAGAGUACAAGAAACCAAAGUAUAGACCUACAACUUUGAAAGAAAUCAUGAAGGCAGAGGUUUAUAUUGCGCCCCCAGGAUUUAACAUUCCAUCAUACACUAAGCUGAUAAUCAGAAUGUUAGAUAGGUACAGGAAACAAUUGCAUAUUGCACAAUCCAAGGUUAAAGUUCGUCUCCCCUGGGGACAUCCUGUAGUAGCUGGUAGUAACUCUAAAACUUUAGAACUGCGAAUGCCUGGAAAAGCUUCUGUUGUUUCUUUCCUCAGAGGAAUACCACAAGAUGGUAAGUUUAGUUUUACUACAAUUCAUACACAAUGAUUGUCAACCUUUUACAUGAGCAAACAUGUCGGUUCACGGUUUGGGUCAAUGGUAAGUGAAAUUCAGGACUGGUAAAUAUCGUCCCAGAAUUGUGUUUACAUUUGUGAAAAUCAGUUCCAUUUACUGAAAAAUGGUUGUGAAGACCUAUAUACAAACUGGUACUUUAUGCAAUAGAUUCUGCACAUGAAAAGUUUGACAUAGAAAGCAAAGUCACUCCACAGUUGAAAUUCUCAUGUAGGCCAGUUAAACUUAUUUCACAAGUCGACCCAAAUUAGCUAUGUUGGACUUAACUGAUUCAAACAUAAUCUUAAUACAUGAAAAGUUCAUAUUUGAACUGGGCCUUAGAGCCACCUUACAAGACCUCAUCUUUCACUCUGGGUCUGCUCAGUCCCUGUACAACAUUUUCCCAGGCCCUCUCGGUCAAUUCACUUUGGUGAUGUAUCCGAGGCGCGCUUGGAUCAUGUGACCCGAACGCCUUGGCUGCAUGGAAUAAUGAGGGCUAGGGAUAGGUAACUCUGGGUGUGAAAGGGUUAACGUUCCAUACUUUGAAUAAAAAUGUAAUCUUUAAGAUUCUUGACAGAGACACAUAUAAUUUUUUCUUUUCAUUUUCUGCAGCAACUGGCACAAGCGUUAAAAAUAACUCAGAUUCAGAUGUUUCCUAUAAGAGAAGAACUUUGAGAAGUUCUGCAAAACUGACUACUCAAGCAGCUACCAGUACAUCGACUAGCACGACCACACAUGAAACAUCCUAUAAAGUAGACAGUGACAGUGAUGGUGAUGAAUUUCUGAAAGCUUAUUUGGAUGAUGUGCGACCAAAACCUUCGGUUAUUACGUCAAGUAAGAAAGCCAGUCAUGUAACAAAAAAUGAAAGUAGUUCUGCUAGUGUGUCUGCAGAUCCACAAAAUUUACGACCUAAAGAUGAUGAAAGAUCAUAUGUUAAAAAGGAAGUGUCAAGUAAGUCUAACAUGGGACUUACAAAUGAUGGCAAAACAACAAAAUGGCAUGCUCCAAUUAAAACUGGAGAUACCAACAUAUCUCUGCAAAAUGGUAAUUCAGAUGUCUUAUUUGGCACUGGUGUUAUUUUGGAUGCUAACACAAGUGAACUACAGUCCAAUACAUUUGGUGCCUCAGUUAAAUCACCUGGGAAAGAUAAUAAUGCAAAAAAAGAUUUCAAAACAAGUGAAAGUAAAGUCAAAGAUAAAAAGGAAGGAACAAAAGAGGUAAAUCAGCCGGACAAUCAGACAAGCAAAGGUAAUGCGAUCUCCAUGGAAGUUGAUGAAAACCAAGCAGACAACAUUCAGCCUUCAAAACGCAGAAGUAUCCUGCGUCCUUUAGAUGAUGAUUCAACUGAUGAUGAAAGAGACAUGUCUCAGCCAAUAAUUGUUUCUCUUCAUCGUACAAAAGGAGACACUUCAGUUGAUGUUGAUGGUUCUUCAUCAAAGGAAGAGAAGGGCAGUAAAUUAGGAGAGUCUGUUGUAGAUGCUGACAAUGUUGCCCUACCAGACUCUCAGUCGAUACUGACACAAAGUGGAUCUCAAGAGAACCUUGGAAAAAGUAUUCUUGACACCUUAACCACUGAAAAUCAAGGUGUUUUGGAGCCAGAGUUACUCUCCAAUAACAGUUCGACAGAAGGGUUUACAUCAGCCACAAAAAGGACAGUUAAGAGGGAAGGUGACAGUCUCACCAUUGAUUUGGACAGUGAAGAUAGCCAGAAUGCACGACAAAAACGUUCUGAGGCAGCAGAUAAAGCAGCUGCAGCAGCAGAAAGAAGACAGCGGCUGUUGACCAGAGGACAACCACCAAGAGAUACCCUGUCAUCAAGGUCAUUAUUGAGCAUUGUUAUUGUUUGAUGUUUAAAUAAAUUAUUUGUCUGUGAUAGUUUUCUAAUCACUGUUAUUAUUCAUUCAAAAUAUUUUGUCAUUUCUGAUUGGCUCCAAUCCCCCCAUUUAAUUCUUCAUAACCAGCUGGUGCUCACCACCUUUGGAAAAUUAAGGCAAUAAUUGAUGGCUAUAAGUUGCUGCACCACCAGGGUUAUAUAUAAGUCUGUAAGAGGAGGCAGGGUGGUGAAGGGGGGGGGGGAGGGGGUCAGUAAUUUGAAGUAUUAUGAGACAAAUCAGACAAGGCAUGGAUCAAUGCUUUAGCAAGCCACUGUUGAGGGAAGGAAAAACAUGAGUUUUUUAUUAGUGUCAUUAUUGAAUCAUAUUGUCAUGUCAUGUUUUAGCUCUUUUGCUGCCUCCUCUGUGAACAAAGGUGAUGCACACAAGGAAUCGACUGUUGAGUGUCCUCUUUGCUAUCGUCAUUUCUCUUCAUCUGAGAUACAAGCACAUGCAUCAGACUGUCAAGGCCCACCGUCACCUCCCCGCCAGGCAUCAUAUUCACGAACCCAGAGGGAGAUGGCUGGUACGUCAGGUGUGACAAGGUGAAUGUCUGGAUAUUUUGUACUGUUUGCCAUGUGGAUGCAAAUCAGACUGGAAAACACAUGGAAGCAAUGAAUUCUGCCCAUUGUAUACUGAAUGUUUUAAUCUCUACAAAGCAGGGAAGUAAGCAGAUACUGAGAGUGCUGUAAAGCAAUGUGUUACUCCUGCUUUGAUGUCCUCUCUUAAUUGUGGAUGCAAGUGUAGCUAAAGUUCCUCCUAGCCUAAGCUGUUAACUAUAAUUGUGUCUAAAAACCCUUUCUCUCCCAAACUCAGCUACGAAGCUGACAUGUAAGUAGGCUCGAUUUCCGCCGUCUUCCGGGUCCGGGCUCAUUUUCCCGAACAGCGGCUGGUAAUCGAGCCUAACAUGUAAGGUACAUCUAACUUUAGACAAACUCUGAUCAUUCAGAUGAAAACUCUUUAUCUGUUCUUUUACAUGGCCGUAUUUGUUGAGUAUGCUUUGUAACGUUGUAGUGUCAUCUUAUAAUGUACAAAACUGUUCUUUAGCUCGGUAACAUUUGAUUUGCUCUAUUUGGAAACUAGAUUGCAAAAUUUGCAAAUACUGAUUGUUGGUUCCGGUCCUUUUGGGAGUAAAAGGGCUUGAGCAAAUUCAAAUUUUCCAACAGAUGUCUAUCAAUAAUACAAUGAGAAUAAUACAUGAGAGUAAGUGAAACAAAUUCUCUCAACUAGUUCUUCAAGGUAAUGUAUGGAAACCAGUAUGGAGAAUUUGUAUGUGGAUAUUGAAGCUUGAAGGGGUAACCAGUAGUAAGCUGUCAGUCAUUUUUGAAAAUAGCUAAUAAGUGAGUUUAUUUAACGUAUUGAACUUGAAUGAGCAAGUUUUCAUUAAAUCAACAAGAAAUUUGCUCAUUCAAGUAGAUCAAAGUGUAACCAUUCUGAACUUAGGCUGCUCUUUUUCAGUCCUGGUCCCCGUGCAAUUUACCAAACUUUAUCUGGUGAACGAGGCCAGUUAAAAAACCUGAAAGUUUUCCUUCGACGGUCUCCAUUGGCUGAAAGGAAGAUCCUUGAAAAAGCCAACCAACCACCAGAAUCAGGCAAGAAAAAUCUUGAUUUUGAAAAGAACGUUUCUCCUUCUGGACAGACUGGAAAAAUAGGAAAGUUUAAAGGUUUUCAUCAGAGUUCUGCUGAGGGGUCGAGAAAACAUACCAGGACAACAAGAGCAGCCGUAAGAACAGAAUCAGAGAGUGAACGGAGUGGAUAUGAGAGAGAAGUAGAUGAGGAGGUCUGCAGCUGGCUUGAUUCAUCAAGGUCUUUAUCAGUUUUUUUCUUUCUACUUUUAGCUGUAAUAUAAUUAUGACCAUAAAGUACUAUGUUGGUCGCAAUGAAAUGGGUGCUACUUUUCCUUUCUAGGGAGCAGAGAAAAGACGGCUUGACUAUGAUAGUUGCUAGUGGGGAUUAUAGUAUUAGUUGAAUAAUAGAGACGUCUAAACACUUAUAAUAGUUUAAUCCUUCCCUACUGAUCCCUUAACGUUACGAUAGAUGACGUAUGAGUAAAAUAGAGGACCUGUUAACCUGCAAACAAGCUCUCCGGGACGCUCUGGCGGUGGGGAGGGAAAAGCUGCCUCUCUGGGAUUUGAAUAUCUGCAUCGGAAAAGUCGAUGCGAAAUGCUAAUUGGCGGAGAUGACAUUAGUAAUGACGUCAUUAACCUUGGCACGUGUUUUUCAAUGUUUGUUUACAUUCGCGCUCGUAUCCGCUUCGCGCUGAUUGGUGGAAUUCUGACAGCUCGACGGGGAGCCACAGGGGAAUUGGAGGUGGAAUUCAAAUUCCAGAGAGGCAGUUGCAAGCUGUCCUUCCUUUUCCCGCCCCGCCGCCAGAGCGCCCGGAGAGCUUCCUCGCAGCUAGACCUGUUAGGACAUACCAUCGCCCACCCUCACUGCAAGUGAGGCUAAAGUUUAUAGAAAAACCCUUGUGCAGGGGCGUGUGUAAGAGAAUAGAGAGGUAAAGCAACGACGAGGGCAACGAGAACGUCAAAAAAGCAGUAGAUUUAGAUUAGCAAAACUACAACUUUGCACGUGCAACCCCCUUUUUGUACAUUUCUUUGCCGUCACUGCACGACUACGACUUGAAACGUCCUUAUUUUACAUUUUGUAUCGGACGUGAACCUUCACGACCUUUUUUUCUCUUUUCCUGAGCUUCGAUAGAGCCUUGUACAAUUUAACUCCAAAAAAAUUUGACAACAUUUGACGAACUGAGCGAGAUAAAAUAAGCGCGAUAAAGUUUGAAGCAGCGCGACUUGAGUUUUUAAGUGACCUUUUCGUAGCCGUCGCCGUCAUUGUUGCUUACGGUCCCUAAUGAUACAAAUCAGAAUUUUAGUCUCAUGCGCCUCCGCUGGGGCCGGAGUAACGCAUGCGCGGAGGAGACUACCAUGCUUUCUGACAGAAACCCCUUUUUUGCAAACUUAAUGUGUUGAAUUGCAUUAUGGGACCAAUUUAGACCUCAAUAACAGCGAAUAAGGAGCUUUAGUGACGAGGACGGCGACGGCAACGAGAACUUCAAAGACGCAAUAGGUUUAUUAUGCAAAGCAACAACUUUGCACGUGCAGCACACGUUUUGGUACAUUUCUUUGCCGUCACUACACGACCACAACGUGAAAUUUCCUUAUGCGACGUUCUAUGAGAAUAAACACACGACGGCAACAGUUUUCUUUUUCUGUCUAAACUUGGGUGCGCCCCACAAGAAUUUGACUCCAGAGAAAUCUGCCUACAUUUGACAUUUUAAUUGAGUUGGAAUAAACCUGACAAAGUUUGAGAAAACGCGAAUUCAUUUUAACGGUGUUGUUUGCGCUACCGUCGUCGUCGUCGUUGCCAAAGCUCCCUGAUAAAAGGAGCCAUGUCGUCCCUAAAACAAUCCCAUAGUGCAGUUCGAUACACACCCCGACCUGAUCUGACGCACAGCCUGAAAUGGCACUUAUAUUAGGCAGGCUUUUUCUCUUUUUGAACAAAUUAUUACAGAAGGAAACUCCAGGAUUCCUUUCAUCGCUUUUCUGUUGAAGAAAGGAAUCCUAUUAUCUUAUUUAGACAAUUUUAUUUCAAAGUUCCCCUGAUCAUUUGCAUUGCUUGAAAACAUUUUUCUUCUUUGCACAACUAGGUUAAUAGAUGAGUAUUUUUGUUAUCUGUUUUUCUAAUAUAUAAUGAUUUAAAGGGUUGGUUCCACAUUUUAUAUAUUUAAAAAAGGCAAAGAAUUGGAUACCUCAAUUCAUAGAUAGAAUUAUAUUUUUUAUUAUUGGUCAAAGGUUAUGCUCAGUUAUUGACUACUCAGUCACCAAAUUUAUUGUUGGUGUUAUAAAAAUUAUUUUUUUAUAGUUAUUCAGUUGUUUGUUUAUCGUUUGUCUCACGAUGGUCACUUUUUUAUUGAUUGGGAACUUGCCUAUUUGUAAACAGCCUCACCAUUCUUAUCUACACGAUUCUUCAGAUUGGUGUAUCUCAAUAUUUUUAUGUACACGACUCUUCAGAAAGGUGCCGUUUAUUCACUAGCCGUUGGACACAACCGGUCCGAAGUGCCAAAAAAUUUUAGUUUUAUCAACCGAAUUCAGAAAAUCAAUGUAUCACCUUACAGAUUCAAAGCUGACGUUUCGAGAAAUACCCUUCGUUAAAGUGGACGAAGAACUCUCGAAGUAUGGUCAUGCUUUGUUAUCAUGGAUUUCCAUGUCAGAAAGUAAGCAGAUGUGUGUCACAGUUGUUCGGGGGACUCUUUGGCUAAUCGGGUAUGUGCAGCUGAACAGGGUCUGGUUUUCAGGGUCUUGAAUCUCAAGGUUUCCUAUUUCACCAUUUAGUGUCUUGAAUAUGCUAUCUUUUUGGACCGGAAGCCCUUAAGGGAGUGAGAAGGUUAGCGAUUAGUACAAACAACAUUUUUUCCCCAAAAAUGAUAAUCUACUUUCAGAAUUCUAUUUUAAAAAAUUCGUAUGCCAAAGGAACUGACUCAGAGGGAUUUGACAGCUGCUCCGGAAGCGGGAUUCACCAAAACCUUGGCCUGGGAUGCGGACUGGGAAAGAAAACGAUAUUCAGGAUAGAAAUGGUAGAAGUUCGAGAAUGCGGGAUUGUCGUGAAAAAGGGAGCGGAAAUGAGUGAUAAGGACACCCCAUCCCGAUCCUGUCAAGUAGAUAGAGCUGUUCAUUAAUUGUUCUUUUUUGUUGUUUUCAUUCUAUUCAGUCCCGAGAAAAAGAGGCCCCAGAGGACAUAUGCAGGUAAAAGGAAUUUAUUGAUCAUAUGCAUCAUACCGAUUUGGUGGACCACCUAUUGGAUUGUUUAAUUGAUUGACUGGAAAAACUUGGGAUAAAAAGUUUAAGUAAUAAACACUGAUGAAAAAGUUAUGUUAUGUUCCCAGAUAAACUAGAAAACUAUCAAAGCAGGGAACCCAGAUUAUCCCUUGAAAAUCUUUUAAGCAUAAAUUUUUCGUAUUUGCAAGCUUUCCGUGGUGUAAUCUUAGAAUGAGCCUUGUUGCAUCGUUUGUGGCUUGUGCUCUCUACUCGAAAGCUCUUUCUUGUUAGUUACAGGGGCGGAUCCAGGAUUUUUUAUAGGAGGGGGUGCACUCGUCUCUUGCUCUACUUCAACACCAAUAAACCACAUAGUUUUUUUUUUGCAGAAUACCAGUUGUAUUAAAAAACCGCAGGUCAUCUCAGGGCGAGGGUGGGUGCGCACCCCCUGCACCCUCCCCCUAGAUCCGCCCCUGAGUUAUAUACUAGUAAAUCAUCAAGCAAACCACGUUCUUUCAUCCGUUUCUUAAGGAAAUACCUCAAAACCGUAUGUUGACUACAUUCCCCUCGAAACGUCCAGACAAAGUGACGAUGAUAGAAUAAUUAAGAGCAGUUCUUCCAAAUCACACGAAGAAAACCAAACAAGAACGGACGAAAUAGAAUCGUGUAGCAGCUCAUCUGACGACGAUGACGAUGCGCUUAUGGUGCAGUAUGGAGCACAACGCGUGUCCCGGCGACAGAGAACAGGAUCCAGGAAAGAAGAAAAACAAGAAACAGACGACAACGAACUGGCACUCGAGCAGCUUGGUGGAUGGAAGAAGAAGCGACCGCUCUCGUCAUCAAAAAGCUCCAAACCCAGAAAGUCUCGGCGGCUGAGAGAUUCUGAUAGCGAAGACAGCGAUGAGUCAACAAUUCUUUGUGCCAUGUGUGAGGAGAGAAUUCCCAAGGAGAUUUAUGAGAAACAUGCUGAAGAGGAGCUGGAGGAGAGGAAGAGGACGGGGGGUGCUCCUCGAAAGGUGGAAGGUUGGUUCACCUUACUCGUGUUUCUUUUCCAUAGUCGCUCGGCAUUCCCGCUCUCGAAGUAAGAAAAGAAAAAGGGAGUCGUUGUCCUGUGUUCACGUCCUCCACAAAACGUGAAAUUAGGCAGUUUCACGUUGUAGUCGUGCGGUGACGGCAAAGAAAUGUAAAAAAGCGUGAUGCACGUGCAAAGUUGUUGUUUUGUUUAUCUAAAUCUUUUGUUUUUUGCCGCUCUCGUUGACGUCGCCGUCAUCGUUGCUUAAACUCCCCAAUACUUUAACUUAGCACCUUGAUAAUUAGGGAGCUGUAGCAACAAUGACGGCGACAACAUCGAAAGUGACAUCAAUAUGUUCACUGAGGGCCUACGAUGGUCUAGGUCACCAUCGGUGUUUAGAUAUAUUCUGCUCAAAGUUUCGGACGUUUGGAAACAUUUGGCCCUGGCGUCUGCAUUAGUCUGCGACGUUUAGAUUCUGAAACCAGGACGACUACGAGAACAACAUUGUCUCUAAACCAAGAAAAAAUUCUCUAUGCUCAAGUCUUUGUCUAGCUUUAUUUUUCAUUUAUGCAAAUUUAGAGUACUACUUUUGAACUCGCAUUUAUUUCCAUUCCUGGAUAGUGGCGUCAUGAAGUCCCGAAAUAUCCAAACAUUAUUUCGUUAUUUUUACAUGUAAUAUGUUUCUCCAAACCAUUAUCGUUUUCAAAAAUAUCGGGAUGCGGCCAAGAGAGAAUGAGCUAAACUCAUUCUUUGUUGACGGGGCCUAAAAACCCUUUUUGGUGCCCAGAAAUGCCUUUUACGUGUUGAGGUAUAUGUUAAACAGAGGAAAAAUUCCCUUUUUUCAAAAAUAUCAUAUCCGGAUACGUGUGGACGGGGCCUGAGUGUGUUUCUGUCCGAUUCUCUGAUUUUGAGUGUUGUCUAUGUCCAUCCACGUCUCAGUUCUAUUUUUCAGCUCUUGCCUUUUGUUGUUUUGUUUCAGUUGUUACGGCGAAAGACCCAAGUAGAGAAGGCGGCAGGAGUGACCACAGAAGGUGAAUAUACUUUAAUUUAACUUGUUUAAUUUAAUGCCCAAAGUGCCCCUCUUUCCACCUUCAUUACUUCCAGUCAGCAGUUGUUUGAAACAAACUGUGAGUGCCACGUCGGAGUGGAAUAAAACACAAAAAUUGGGUUUAAUCAAUUGAUAGGAUUGAAUCAAGCAUCAAUUUACCACCUUUUUAUUAAAAAGACACAGACGGUAUUAUCUCGAGCGCUAUUCCUUCAUCAGAGAGAUUCAAAGGAAAAUACAAGCAAGAAAAAAAUUCGGGUGAAUGAAAGCUGUACUUUCAAUUGGUACUAUUUACUUGGUAUGUAGUUCUGAUACCCUGGGUGCCAGAGGCUUUUCAUGCGCGGUUUUCGGUUUCCUUUAGGUCUUAUAAAGUGACCUCUCGUGUCUUCGGCCUUCGGCCGGACACGAGUCGGCCUGCAGCUGACGAAGCUCCUCAUCGCACCCGAGAAAAAACCUCUGGUACCCAGGGUAUAUUUCUCAUGAUUCUGUGGAUGAAACCCUUGUGGUGGGACCAUUUCUGCAACAAUGACUCGACAGUACUUUUACAUGAUUCUAUUUGUUUCAAAGUUUUUAAAAAUAAUCUUAUUUUAUUUGCAAUAUUAAGUUGGGGAAAUAUUGGCUAACUUUGUGUGAUUGUAACCCGCGACUUAGAUAAAAAUGUAUACCUCUAUCUUUCUUAUCAACUCAACUACCUUAUAAAGCAGUUACUGUACCACAUUUUAAGGGUUGGUAGACAAGAAAAGAGAGACUUGGUUGUCCCCUUACAAAGUUCCGGAGCAGAAUGCAGUGAGGUCGACGAUAAUGAUGAUUUUGACUGGGACGCUGUUAGUGAUUCACCAAUCAAGUGCUUCCAGUUUACAGAAAAUUGUACCAGUGGCGUGGACUUUCAGAAUCAGUUUGAACACCUCAAAAAGGAGAAGAGCGGCAGGAGGCGGGGAAAUCAAGAACGAUAUAAAGGGUCGGAUACCCGUAGGGGUUAUGGACAAUACGAUAACCGUGGGGAGUACGGAAGUUCCGGUGGAGGUUCUAAUAAAAAGGGACAUUAUAGAGGAUCGUAUAAUAAAGUUUACGGACGUGGCCGUAGGAAAAAAUAUAGUGGGAAGUCAAGGGGAUACCGCGGCGGCAAAAAAUAACAUAGUGAUUCGUUCAUUGUUUAUAUACUCAUUCUCCGGUUUGUCAGAUUCUCCGUUGUUUGGAGACGUAAUUAAUUGUGAACUGGUUUCCGUUCAGUAAGGUUCAAAAUGUUCCUGUUUUACCCAAGCCAAUUUCAAGGGAGCGCUAGCUACUUAGUAGGUGUUUCCUGAGCGGAAAAUACCGUAGUAUUCUUUAAACUGCCGUUUGGGGUGGGGCUUCAUGCAAGCCUUACUUUUGCAGUAUUUUUUGUUUGCCAGUUUGUUUUUUUCCACAAAUUGCACGUACAGUUUAUGUAAAUUUACAAGGAGCUGAUGCAUUGCAGGUGCGAAUCGUGCAGAGAACAAAAGACAUUGCAAAAGUGGGGUUUACAUGAAGCGCCUCCCAAACGGGAAUGUAAAGAAUGUAAUGGUAUUUUCCGCUUUGGUCAACUGCACAAAAGGACUAUCAUGUUUUAGGGAAGAAAUUGUAACCCAGUUUCCCGUACAACCUUCGUUCCCAUAGUGCAGUUUUAAACAACAUCAACUCAGUCUCGCGCAAUCUCGCGCUAACGUCAGAAUGGCCAGUAGACCUCUUGAGCGUGUUUGUUUUGUUUUUCCAAUCAUACUUAUUAAAGUUGAAUGGUUAUGAAACCCGUUAGACUCCUUUGUUAUAUGUUUUUGUUAGCUCUUUUGGACCUGACCGUACACAACGUUCAAUAGCAUUCUAAUCAUUUUGAACUUACUGACCAAUAGAAUCAUCGCAAUAAUUUAUUCAGUCACAAUUUGUGAGCAAAAAACAAUGGUUUGUGUACGGUCAGGGAGCUUCCCUGAACAUAAACUACAACACCGUUGUUUUCAACUUUGAUGUUUGCCGGCUUUCCUAACCAGUCACCUCUAUUAAUUAUGUUCUAAUGAAGGUCAUGUAAUAAUACUUCAGGGAACUGUUUCUUUUAAACUUUUGGUGAAAAACAAUGAAAAAUUCCAUCGGGGAAAUGCGACAGAUAUUUUCGCGUAUGUUGCAAAUGAAUCCACCCUUUGUCAACCCUUUGUCUUAUUUAGGUGCAUAUGUAUGCAUAAUUUAUGAAAAGACAAAGCAUUAACUUCAUUUAGAAAUUAUAACAUACAAGCUAAAGAGGUCUAUUCAUAUCUAAGUGAGAGUUAACAUAGUGAUCAUGGGUCUAAUUUAUAGAAAAAAAUAAAACCCAGAAUGACUGUGGUAGUUGAGAAAGAAAGGCCUUCUUUCUCUUCUUGUUUAUUAUACCGAAUUUAGUUUAAUCCUGUAGCCGUAAUAAUGGUUAACUGACCACCUCCCCCCCUCCCCCGCUAAGUCAAUACUAACACUUAGUUCUCACUCAGGGCGAAAUUGUGACUUAGGGGAGGGGUAGGUGGUCAUAGGACUUUCUACCGAACUUACAGGUUACUCUCUGUUUAAUCCAAAGUGGCUGAUGCACCAUCGAAGGCGACGUUUUCAGCUCAAAACUAAAGCAUUGCUCACAUUAGAAAUAAGUUGCUAUCCUGUAUGACGGGCCAUGGUAGGAAAAAAAAUUCAAGAGUUUUGUGUCAGUGCUUCGUAGCCAAGAUACACCCAAAUAAAGAA